AUGAAGAGAAAGGCAGAAACUUCCGCUGAUCACAAGAAACCCGUCAAGAAACGGUCCAAGAACUCUCUGACAGAUAGCGAAGCCAAAGCCCGUUUCCGGGCGGGCCUCUUCGACAAGGCUGUCCUCGAAAAAUAUACCUCGCAAUAUGCCUCGUCCACCCCGUACAAGCACAGCGUGAUCUCCGAGCUUGUCGACGAUACCCUCUUGCGCAAGGUCCGCGCCGAAAUCAAAGCCAAUGUCCACUUCACCCCCAAGGAGACGGACAUUUACAAGAUCCAUCAGAGCGGCGACCUCGCGAACCUUGACGGCCUGGACGAUGAAGCCCUGGCUAAGCUGCCCUCACUCCUCGCGCUGCGCGAUGCCCUGUAUUCGCAAACCUUCCGCGACUACGUUUCCCACAUCACCGGCUGCGGACCCUUGAGCGGGCGAAAGACCGACAUGGCUAUCAAUGUCUACACCCCGGGCUGCUACCUACUGUGCCACGACGAUGUCAUUGGCUCUCGCAAGGUCAGCUACAUUCUCUACCUAACCGAUCCGGAUACCCCUUGGCAGCCGGAAUGGGGCGGUGCCCUGCGGCUUUUCCCGGUGGUGGAUCGCGAGGGGAAGGAUGGUGAGAUAGCCAAGACCCCACUCCCAGAUCCCGUCAAGGUCAUUCCGCCGGCAUGGAAUCAGCUGUCGUUCUUUGCCGUGCAGCCUGGAGAGUCUUUUCACGACGUCGAGGAGGUCUAUCAUGCCGCCUCCAAGGAGGAACUCGAGAAGAAUGGGGGCCGCAUCCGUAUGGCAAUUAGUGGCUGGUUCCACAUCCCACAAAUCGGGGAGGAUGGCUGGGUCGAGGGAGCCGAGGAGAAGGCCGCUCACAAGAGUGGGCUGAUGCAACUACAGGGCAACCCGGACCAGCACGAUCGUCCUCAGCCGAAGCCCGUCAAGAUCGAGGAUAGCCAAGACACCGACGACUUUCCUCUCGACGAGGCCGAUCUUGAGUUUUUGCUCAAGUACAUUGCCCCCACCUAUCUAACGCCAGACACCAUCGAACGCAUCGGUGACCACUUUGAGGAAGAGUUCAGCAUCACACUGUCUGAUAUACUGCACCCCAAGUUCGCCGAUAAGCUUCGCAGUUACGUAGAGUCCCAAGAAACCAGGCCCCUCCCGGAAGAUAGCAAGGAGAUCGAGAAGAGUGCAUGGAAGGUUGCUCGGCCCCCUCACAAGCACAGGUAUCUCUACCUGCAGCCCGGACAGGCAGACUUGGAGGACUCUCCACUCAGGGAAUUACUUGAAGUUCUGUUGCCAUCCAAGCAGUUCCGCUUGUGGCUCCAGAUGGCGACACGUUCUACCAUAGAGAGCCAUGACCUAGUCGCGCGACGGUUCCGCCACGGCAAGGAUUACACCCUCGCCACCGGACACGAUGGCAAGCCGAGGCUCGAGGUGAAUAUUGGUCUUACACCGAGCCCGGGCUGGGGUGAUGUCGAUGAGGACGACGAUGGUGACGAUGAUGAUGACGAGGCCAGCUCCGAAGCCUCGUCUGAAGCCGAAGCGGCCCAAAACGGCAGGACGGCCAAGAAGGGUGCUUCAAAGGGCAAGGACAAGCACAAGGGCAGGAUCAAAGGGCAAAAUGGAAGUGCCCAGUCCAAGGGGCAAGGAGCUAUAGAUCAGGAUGUGGAGGCGGAAGACGGAGACAUUGAGGUUGGCGGCCACGAAGUGUACAUGGCAGGGGACGACGACAACGACGAGGAUGCGGCAGUAUAUAAGAGCAGCGCCGACGAUGACAAUAUUCUCUUCUUCCAAGCGGCAUCUUGGAAUAAGAUGACGAUUGUGCUCCGGGACAGCGGAACACUCCGCUUCGUCAAGUAUGUUAGCAAGAGCGCCAGGGGUGAUCGAUGGGAUAUCAGCGGUACAUUCGAAAUUGAGGAGCAGGAUGGGGACACCGACGAGGAGGAGAACGGCGAUGCUUCUGGAAUCGGGGUGCUGGACGAUUCGGAGGAGGAGUUCAAAGGCUUCUCGAGCAGUGAGGACAGUGAUUCCGACUAG